AACAAAAAAAAACAGAUGAUAAUAAUUUUUGUGUUUUCUCAAAAAAAUUAUUUGAAAAAAAAAUGUUAUAUUAAUUUGAGGGGGGAACUUUAUUAACUUAUAAAUUAAGAAAUCUUAACACGGAACUCUUCGUUCAUCCGGCGGAAGUAUACAACUUUGGUUUGAAGAACGAAUACAAAAGACCAUUAGAAGACUGCUGCUGCCAAACUGUACCCAUCCAAGAUGUCCGUAGAUAACCCAUAUUAUUUUUACAAUGACAAAUCUUCACCGAAAACCCCAGAUUCGACAACUUCUAGCAAGGGGUUUUCAAUAUUCAAACGAAGAAAUUCCAAAGGAAGCAGUCCAAGGGUUGCCAUUCCUGAGAAAAUUCGACCAAUUAAUUCAGCAAAUUUGGAUUCAGCUGCUUCAGUUUUAGGCAGCCCACGAGGAAGUUUCGGAUCACUUGGUUCAUAUUCGGGUGGUGGGUGUAUGCAUGCUUUCGAAUUAGGUUCUCCAACAAGUGUUAAUGGUCCAUUUCUGCGACGUCCUAAUACAAUUGAAUCAUUUCGUGAGAGAUUAGGUUCUUAUAAUGAAACUGCCAAUUAUAAUCCUGAAAAUGAUGAUGUAUUCAAUGCAUCACCCUUAAGUAAAAAUCACCAUCACACACUGCCUUGUCAUGGAUCACGAAGGCAUUCGUUUGGCAAUUUUAGCCAACGAGAUCGAUUGAAAAGUCCAACAUCACCUGAUGAAGUUCCAAAUAUGAUUGCACCAAAGCCACCUGUUGUUUCACCAAGCAGAUAUCGCGGUACUGGUGGAAGAAGAAGGGAUAACUGUGUAACCAGUUCGAAUAUGGACGACAUCCUGAUCAUAACAGCUAAACAUAGCGAACGUGCAAUAUUGCGAGCGAAUUUUCUUAAAAAUCAUUUCGAUAAAAUUACUAAACAACGUGGACGUAAACCUUUCAAUUUUCUUCACGUCAAAAUUGACGAUGGACCCUUUAGUGAGGACCUCGCCCGAAAAUACCAAGAUGCUGCCUUACAAAUUGUUAUCCUCUGUCCAGCUCUUUUGGCAACAUCACAUUCAUUUUUACAAUCUCAACUUUCGGCUAUAUUGAAAAUUGAAAAGGUUCUCGCUAUUCUACUGGACGUUAGUGAGGAAAAAUGUCUUGAAUUUCAUAAAAGUGCCCUUCCAUCAUUCCGCAAAUGGCGUCGUUGUGUAAUACGUGACAAUGAUCAAUCUCAAAUUGGUAACAUUCUUGGUAUUGCAACUGAUAUCCUGGGAAGGGCGCUCUGUCAACGUCCUCCCUGCCAGGAUAUGAAUACAAGUCAAACAAAAAGUUUUAGCAGCUCUGAAGGUUUUACAGUUCUUCCGCGGAAGGUGAAAAUUGGUCAAAAUAAAGUUGUAGCAAUGUUAAAUGAACCCCUGGACAAAGACGAUGUAUUAAAGAUUAUGAUUGAAAAAUCCGGAGAACUCAUUGAAGUGCGAAACUUUAAGCGCAGAAAUCCGUUUACAAUACAAUUUACAAUUCCAGAAUCCUGCAUGGAAAUCUCAACAAUGGUAGAAAUUCGCAUUGAAAAGAAUGAAAAAACUAUCGGAAGCCGACCAAUCAAAUGCGAAAGUCGCCUUCGGGAACUCGAACAACUUCUUCGAACUGAAGACUCUCCAAUUGAAUUCAUGUGUCAUUCAUUAGGCAUCGGUUUAACCGAACGUGAUUCAUUGGACCUCCAUUUGUUGCAAUGCUUCCAAAAGAACAUGCCUCCAAAUUUCCAUCUACUAACUGGUCCAUUUGACAAACAAAACCAUUUCCUAACUAUCCGCGAAUCAAGUCCCGAAGAGUAUCCAACUCUUUUACAUUUCGCAGCACGAUUCGGACUCGAUCGUCUAUGUAUACAGUUGAUGGAAUGUCCCGGUGGUGAUACUGCCUGUGGAGUUCGAAAUUGCGUUGGUAAAACACCUGCCGAACUGGCUGAUCUCGAAGGAUUCCACAAACUUGCACAGAGCAUUAAUAGUUUCUCGGAAUUCCAUGAACUCACCACAAUGUAUCACUAUUUUAAGGGAAUCCAAGGAGAUGGUGCUAAUACCAAAAAUAAAGUUAUGAUCGAAGCAAAGGCAGGAGUUGAAUCACCAAAGAAACAAACUGUUAGUCGACAGAAAUCUCAUGAAUCCAAAGAAUCUGCUGCGGCACAGGCCGAAUACAUGGACAUGAGUAGUGGCAGUGAUCGAGAUAAUUCUCCUUGUCCAGCUCAAGCUUCAGGAACUACAAUGGCAGUUUCGAAUCUCAACUAUGUGAGUGUGGAAACUGAAGAUGAUAAUUUACAAAGCUCUGGGGAAAUGACCAAAAACUUUGAUCAAAUGAAGAUCAUCACUGAAGCUGAGGUCACCACAAAUGAACUGAAGAUCAGUGAACCACCGUACUAUCAGUCCGAAGAGAAGAACAAACGCAAUGUUAUUCACCCGCUAAAGCACUAUCCAGUGCCUGAGAAACUAAGUCAAGAUGUCCCAGAUAACUGCAAUGCAUCGAUGCUGGAUUAUAUGCUUCAACCAUCAAAUAUCCCCGUGCAGACAGUCGAAGAUGAUGGAAACUAUCUCUUCCAACCUUCGAAUAAACCAGUCGAACUUGAAAAACUCCCUCUGGAAGAAAUGCAUCAGUCUCGAAUGAAUCUCAACAAAAUGGGAUCCACAUCUAAGUUGGGAACUCUGAAGCGAACCGGAAGUGAUGCUUCGAGUAACAAAGGUAAUGCCGAUGAUGAACUCGUCGAAAUAAUGAAUGAUUUCAAAAACAAUGUCCUGUCAAUUCGAGAUGUGGAACAAUUGGUUGAGAAAUGGAAGCACCGCAACGAUGUUAAACAGAGUUUCAAGGAGAAACAAGAACAGAUUGAGCUUUUAAGACAAGAGUACGAAAGAAUUCAAGUGCAAAUUAAGUCAAACAUGAAACGAGAGACUCCCUUCGAAAAGAUCAAGAAAUUAUUCUCUCGACAUAAGACACCAGUUCACAAGGUGACGAUUGAAAGUCCUGACGAGACGAAAUCAUCAAUUGCUUCCUCCUUCCAGUCAAGCCAGCGUCCCAUUAGCACUUUGAGUCUUCAAAGUGUGUCAUCAUCUUCAUCGUCUGGUCGAUUGAGUACUGGAAGUGCAUGCAGUGGAGCUAGUCUGGGGGACAGUGGAACCCAUUCCGAUCAUGAAGAACGUCGUUUCGGAAUGUGCCGAAUCGGUUCACCCGGUAGUCUUAUGGACAACUAUCUAGUCCCACCUCCACCUCGGCCAGUUCUAACGCCCAGUUCAACACCUGGCGAGGAGAAAGAAAGAAUUAUCUUUCCACAUCAUCCACGAGUGAUGACCCCAACUAGUCCCAGUCCGGCCACAAAUAAUGGCAGCAACAGUGACCAUUACUACAUGUUUCCAUCGAACCUUCCAGUAUUCCAGGUGCCAAAUAAUGAUCAGUCAAUGUCAUCAUCAAUUAACAGCAAUGGCUAUCUGAAUACCAUUGUUGAGGCCAAAGAGAAUGAGCAUAGCUAUCAAAAUGGCGUCACUGUGCAACCCAUUAAAGUACAAACUUUAAAUGAUAGAUCAAAUAUAAUUUAUGGAAAGUUAACCAAAGUCGCACCAAAGGAUAUUUGCAGUUCAUUUAAGCCACAAGCUGCACCACAAGUUAAAAAGGAUGUUGUGGCAGCUGAAGUAUACCAAAAUGUACCAAAUGGCAAAUUAGUUUGUGAGAAUGGAAAUGGCAAUGAAGAGAAUCAUAAUUAUAUGAAUGUUUAAGAGAAAAAGACCUUCAACAAGGUUGAUAGGUUGGACCUGAAGUGUUUUAUUUUUUUGCAAAUGCUCAAAUUUAGAAUUUAUACACAUUUUAUAUUUCAAAGAGAAGAUUUUUUAGUUAUUUUUCUAUAACUUGAUUAUUUUUUUUUAAUUUGUGUUUUCGAUUUAUAUUAAUAAGUUUAAAAAUUAUAUGAAAAUAUUAUUAUUAAAUAUUGUAUGUAUUAAGAGAAAAAAGCAUGUAUUGUAUAUCUUAAAAAUAUUUAUUUAUAAUGCAAAACGAACAUUUUUUUCAUAGAAAAAUAAAACGUGUUUUUUUUUAUAUAAAAAAAAAGAAAUGAAUAUAAUUAUAAUUAAG